AUGGCCAAAAUCAACCUGCCGAAAAAGAUAAGCUUUGGAAAGAGCGGGGGGACUGAUGCUUAUGUUGCUAAGUUCGAGGAUCCAUGGCAUGGCUGGGUGAGCUUGGGCAGCUUCGGGAUUGCCGGAGUUGGUGGAGUUUUGUACGCUCCGAGAUUCAAUGGCUGGUGCGGGAUGAGAUUGGAUUGGAUUGGGGUUGCCGGGAUAACUUGUGUAUUCGGUAGCUGGAGGCCUGAGCGGAUAUUAGCCAAUGUAUGCUACAUGAUCCCUGUUGCUCACAUGCUAGUAUUCAUGAUGUCCGAGAGUAGCAGCGAGCUCUGCUUCGAUGCCGUCAUUGCAAUCUACUCGGACUUUAGGGUAGCAGGCCCACCUCAAGUCCACCAGACGAGUUACAUUCCAGUCAUAAGCAAGAAGCAUGCUGCUCUAAUGAAGGUCUUUUGGAGGGAGAACAAAAAGCCCUCGACCAACUCCUUCUCGAAGACAUAUUUCGAUAUUGUUUUCACCACAGAGAGUGAGGCUCGUUGUAACACAGUCUCUAAGGUCCUGCCUCGCAGGAAAAUUUUCUCAUCUCCGUUACCCGGCAUGAAUUGUCACCAAUUCUGUAUGGGCAGUCAAGGAGACAUGGCUUUGCACCGAGUGCUAGCAGUGACGGUGAUACGGACGUAUAGAGACUGGGUUAAGGUGAUGUGCGACAACACCUCAGAUUCAGCUCAGUGUGCAUUGAGAUCAGCAAAGAAUAUUCCGCUUCUCAUAGUAAGACAGAUAAUGGGAAAUAGCAGGAAGUUUGUUGCUUUGAUAGCGAGAUCAGCUAUCUAA